CUCUCUAAGAUAGCAUUCGACUUCCUCUUAAUCCUAGCUAUAUCUUCCAAAUAUAAGAGACUAUUUAGCUACACUAAGCACUAUAUAAGCUAUGAACGACACUCGCUUUAUAUAGAUUUAAUCAAUAUACUACAAUGCUUAAAGAAUUAG